UGCUGGCUUAGUGGUGGGAGACAGCGACGCGGCAGAGGCCGGUCCUAAUACACAACCAUUCGGCUUGAUCUCAAAUCAGUUGCAUGUUGGAUGCUUGCAGCGAACUUGUCGGCCCAAACAUAUUGCUGGACCGCUUUAUUCUGUGCCGUGCUGUGCGAAAAUGCGCUAAUGUUUCAUGUCUAUUAAUAUUGUCUUCCCUUUCCUCUCUCUCUCUCUCUCUCUACCCACAUCACAUCACAAUUCAUACACCAUACAAAACUAUGGGCCGGCCGGCAGAGACGAAUGGCCUCAUUGCUUUUUGCCGCUUUGCAACCAUUUCUAAACGUGUUCGUGCUCGCAGCGGCGUUGCCAAACUUCUGUGCAAAAAAAUACCCAAAACAGAAACAAGAGUAUCGAGAGAGAGAUAGAGAGGCAGCCGUCGCACAUGUUCGAAGCCAACUGACGCCGCUGGCACUGAAGUUUGGCAACAGUGCACACCAUUCGUAUGCUUUUCUUGCUUAGAAAAUGACAAUUGAAAAUAACAAAUAAAAGGAGAACUGGAUUUAUAUACAUAGAGCCAGACAACGCAAAACCAAGGACAUAUUUGAUUUGAGUUACAGUUACAGCAGCGAGAACCAAAGACGCAACCCCAGGCAGACAGAAGAUAUCGAAAAAAUAGACCCGGUACACGGUGCAUGACACCAUUCGUUCUCAUUCGCAGUCAUGCGGCAUCAGUCGCUGUCGAGCAACGAAACCGAAACCGUCGAAGUAAUGCUCAGUCCGGGGGCCAGCAGCAGCAGCGGUAUGAUGAACCACUCUUGGACGGCAACGACUAGCAUUCUGUCCGACGAGAAGGAGGUUAUGGAGGAGUUCAUCAGCUGCUAUCGCCACUUCACUGCCCUGUGGGACAGCAGCAGCAGCGAUUACCUAUCCAAAAAGAAGAAGGAGCCCGGCUACAUGGAGCUCCUCAAGAUACUGCGCAGCAUCAAUGGGGAGUGCACUGUGCACGAUGUCAAGCGGAAGAUCAAUUCGCUGCGCUGCUGCUAUCGCAGAGAGAUCAAAAAGGUUCAUUCCUCCAAAAACAACUAUCGCCCGCGGCUGUGGUGGUUCAAUCUAAUGGAUUUCCUGAAGCCCGUACUCAAUCUUCGCUCGCCGCCGCACAUGGACGAUAGCCUCGACGAAACGAGCAUAAAUGAAGAAAUACAUCGAAACGAUGUUAACGACGAUGUUUCGUCAGCUCUAGAUUGGGGCGGGGCUAAGGGCGGCGGAACUCACACAAGUUUGAUGGGAACAGCGCAGCUUCGUCGUACGGCAGUCGUACGACAACAAGAGGACUCUGACGACUGCAACGACGACAUCAUGCAGCACAACAGCAGCCCCAAGGCAACGAAUUUGCAAUGGCAAAAGUUCUUCCGACUCUACCGUAGCAUGCCCCAACUCUGGAUGACGAAGAGCAGGGGCUAUCAGGACAGGCUGCUGAAGGCGCAGUCCUAUCAUAUACUGCUCGAAUGCUUGCGCGUCAUCGAUCCCACGGCCAACAUUCACACGCUCAAGCGGAAGAUCAACAACUUUCGCACCUCAUACCGCCGUGAGCUGCGCAAAAAGUACUCAUCGGAAAAUGAAUAUGUGCCCACCCUGUGGUAUUACAAGGAGCUCGACUUUCUCUGCGAGGUGGAGACAGGCGAACUUCAGCUGGAGAUGGAGCUCGAUGUCGAUUUGCCGCAACUCAAGUCAUUAGAUCCACAGCCAGAACUGGACCCAGCAGCAGCAGCACCACCACCACCAGCACCAGAGCCGGAUGACAUCAUCGCCUUGUCCAUGCAUGAAAUGAAUGCAGAUUUAAUCGAAGAGUUGGAUAAUGAAAACGAUCAUCCAGACGACAUGGAGAAGGAUGACGAUAUGUUUGCUGAGUCCUUCAACACUGAAACGGACGCCCUGGGCGACCCCGAUCCGGAUCCAGAUCCGGAGCCCGACGAAGAACCCGAAAUGGAAGCCGCUGACCAGACGCCCAUCAUGCGGAUAUCAUCGACCUUCAAAGCGGAGGAGCACCAUAGCAGCCAUAGCCAUAGCCAUAGCCACGAUUACCAGACUCUGUCACCUCAAUCGAUGACAUCGAAUGCAAAUGGAUUGUACUCUGGUCAGCCAAAGCACCGUAAGGGAUUUGACUCCGCUGCCGUGAGACACUCCCAGCCGGACCGACGGAUGUCGGCGCGGGCUCGGCGCCCCGCCCGACGGCGCAGCACUACGAGCCAAGAUGAGGAGUACUUCCAUUUCGUAGACGGAGAGCCGAGCCCGAAGCAGCGCCGCAUGGAUAACAGCUACGAUCAUGCGGAGAGCGAGUGCGUGCUGAUCGGUAAGAGAAUGGCGGCCCACUUCCGUAACAUGCGUCCAGACCAGAGACUCUUUGCCGAGCGCAUCAUCAGCGAGGUCCUCGUCUAUGGCAGAAUGAAUCAACUCUCACUGCGAGCACGAUUUGUGCCCAAUGAUGGGGACGGUGCAUUGCCGUGAGACAGGUGGUGUCCGUGUCGGCCACUCGUGGCCGGUGGAGGAGUCAGUCGGCAAAAGAGAUAACAAAGAGAGUGAACAGCCUACAAAAGUGGCGACAACAAUCAGGCUUUGAUAAUUACUUGUAACAUAAUUAUACAUACACAUGUAAUAAAUUAUGCAUUAUCCAAAUGA